CUCUCUCUCUCUCUCUCUCUCUCACUUCUUGAAGCUUCUAGGCGUUCUGGCAGCUCCGGCGGCCGACUAGCUCCGGCGGCCGGCGAUGGCUUUCGCGGCGAUCUUCGUGUCGGCGACGAAGGUCGCGGGGGUCCUGGUGACGGUGACCGUCGCGGCCAACGCCUUCUCCUUCUCCCGCUUCCGCAGGAAGAACCUGCGCCCCUUCAAGUCGCCCAUAGACGAGUCCGCGGACGUCCUCGCCGUUUUCAACGCCGGCGCCGGUACAGGGGGAGGAGUUUUUUUUUGAUUGGCGACAGCUCCUGCACAUGUUGAGGAUAAGCUUAACGAUGCAUGGCUCCAGUUUGCAGAAGAGAGCCCCUCUGACAAGCCGGAGUCACAGCAAGGACCCCAAACUGCAGAUGCAGUCAUCGCUUCAGCUGCUGGAGAUGGCAGUUCUCAGCAAGUUUCAUCAUCUAGCAAAAAUGCUAAUAAAAUAGUGAAAAAGAAAAGGCCUCUUACGGUUUCUAUGGAAGCCAUGAUUAGAGGAUUCCAAAAGUUCGUGGAGGAAGAAGUAACAGAUGCUACACCAGAUGAAGCAGACCAUCAUAAUGUUGCUUCCUGGCAUAAUGUUCCACAUCCGGAGGAGAGAUUAAGGUUUUGGAGUGAUCCUGACACUGAACUAAGACUUGCUAAAGAUACCGGGAUCAGUGUUUUCAGAAUGGGGAUAGACUGGACACGAGUCAUGCCGGAGGAACCAGUCAAUGGACUUAAAGAUAGUGUUAAUUAUGCAGCUUUAGAGCGCUAUAAGUGGAUCAUCCAUAGGGUUCGCUUUUAUGGGAUGAAGGUGAUGCUCACUCUCUUUCAUCACUCUUUGCCACCAUGGGCAGGUGAAUAUGGAGGCUGGAAGAUGGAAAAAACUGUUGAUUACUUCAUGAAAUUUACAAUGCUUGUUGUUGACUCUGUUUCAGAUUGUGUGGAUUACUGGGUUACAUUUAAUGAGCCUCAUGUAUUUUGUAUGCUUACCUACUGCGCUGGUGCUUGGCCUGGUGGCCACCCUGAUAUGUUGGAGGCUGCCACUUCUGCACUGCCAACUGGCGUUUUUAAACAGGCUAUGCAUUGGAUAGCUGUUGCACACAUGAAGGCCUAUGAUUAUAUCCACGAACAAAGCGGAGCCUUGUCAAAUCCACCAGUUGGAGUGGCACACAAUGUCUCUUUUAUGCGUCCUCAUGGCCUGUUUGAUGUUGCCUCUGUUUCAUUGGCCAAUUCUUUGACUCUCUUCCCAUAUGUGGAUAGUAUAUGUGAGAAGCUUGAUUUUAUAGGAAUCAACUAUUAUGGACAGGAGGUGGUCUCUGGUGCUGGAUUGAAACUAGUGGAGACUGAUGAAUAUAGUGAAUCUGGACGCGGUGUUUAUCCUGAUGGCUUGUAUCGCAUGUUGCUACAAUUCAAUGAAAGAUACAAGCAUCUAAAUAUACCCUUCAUCAUUACAGAGAAUGGAGUUUCUGAUGAGACAGAUUUGAUACGUCGGCCGUAUUUAUUGGAACAUCUGCUUGCUAUUUACGCAGCUACGCUCAUGGGGGUCCGUGUGCUUGGUUACCUAUUCUGGACUAUAUCUGAUAACUGGGAGUGGGCAGACGGUUAUGGUCCAAAGUUUGGACUAGUAGCAGUUGACCGAGCCAAUGGUCUUGCUCGGGUACCACGCCCAUCAUACCAUUUGUUUUCUAAAGUGGUAACAACAGGUAGAAUCACUAGGGAAGACCGAAUGCUUGCAUGGAACGAACUCUAUAGAGCUGCUAAAGAUAAAAAAACAAGGCCUUUCUAUCGAGCAGUGGACAAACAUGGAUUGAUGUACGCAGGAGGCCUGGACAAACCUACCCAACGACCUUAUGUCCCCCGGGAUUGGAGAUUUGGACAUUAUGAGAUGGAAGGUCUUCAGGACCCCUUCAGCCGCUUGUUCAGAUGCAUAUUCCUUUCUUUCCCACUGAGAAAGAAAAGGAAAUCUCAGAAGGAAGAACAAGAAAUAAUCCUUCAGCCUCUUCCUUAAUGUCUCUGAUUUUUGUUGUCGGUCUCUAUGUAAGCAAGGUGAACUUUUCAAGACAUCGAAGGAAUAGUUGGAGGAUGCAUAUUCCUAAAGUGCGGUAAAGCUUGGCAAAAGCUUGUGUUACAGGAGGAGGAUGUAGUGGACGAUCCAUCAGUAGGGUUAUCAUUCUCCUCGUAUUUCCCGAAACCUGGUGUAAUUUUAUUGGAUAGCCCCCAGUAAAAAUUUGUCCAAUCCCUAGUGUAAGUGUAUAUACGUAUAAUACAUGGUAGGUUUUCCAGGAGUAAUACUCCGACCCUCUGUGAGAGGACUAAAUAUUCCUGUAACAUGAAUAAUUUCGCUUUAGUUUGUUGUAAAUCACUGUAAAUUCAAAUGUAAGACAAAGUAGAAAAUCUAUAUUUUGUGGCUGGCGA